GAACUAAAAUUCUUUCACUUUUCCUUGUGAAUUGCAUCAGUUGUGUGUAUAUGCUGUGUUGUUUCGCUCGAAUUUUCCCGUUUUCUCGAUUACACAGACCGCAAUUCUACUAUUUCUGCAGUGUAUUUUAUUCAAACUGCCACAAAAUGGAUAGCAGUUUGUGUGGCAAGGAUAUUCGCAGGCAAUUUAUCGAUUUCUUUGUUGAGAAGAAACGCCAUACCUUCGUUCAUUCAUCUAGCGUGAUACCACAUGAUGACCCUACCCUGCUGUUUGCGAACGCUGGCAUGAAUCAGUAUAAAUCAAUCUUCCUUGGCACAGUUGAUCCAAACAGUGAUUUCGCAAAAUUGAAAAGAGCUGUAAAUAGCCAGAAAUGUAUCCGAGCUGGUGGCAAACAUAAUGACCUUGAAGAUGUGGGGAAGGAUGUUUAUCAUCACACUUUCUUUGAAAUGUUGGGAAACUGGUCAUUUGGUGAUUAUUUCAAGAAAGAGGCAAUUGAGUGGUCAAUUGAACUUCUGGUUGACCAUUGGAAGUUGCCAAAAGAUCGUCUUUAUGCAACCUACUUUGGUGGAUAUAAAGAUCUACCCCCAGAUGAGGAUGCCAAAAACUUUUGGUUAAGUGUUGGAUUACCUCCUGAAAGAGUGCUUCCAUUUGGGAUGAAAGACAAUUUCUGGGAAAUGGGUGAUGUUGGUCCUUGUGGACCAUGCACUGAGAUUCAUUUUGAUCGCAUUGGGGGACGAGAUGCUGCAUCAUUGGUCAACAUGGAUGAUCCUGAUGUCUUGGAAAUUUGGAAUCUGGUUUUUAUCCAGUUCAAUAGGGAAACGGAUGGAUCAUUAAAACCUUUACCAAGCCAACAUGUUGACACAGGGAUGGGGUUUGAGAGAGUUGUCUCAGUUAUCCAAGGAAAAAGAUCUAAUUAUGACACAGAUAUCUUUGCUCCAAUAUUUGAUGCCAUCAAAGAGGGAACAGAUGUACGUCCUUACACUGGCAAGGUUGGUGAAGAAGAUAAGGACAAGAUUGAUAUGACCUACAGAGUAAUUGCUGAUCAUAUAAGAACUCUGACAAUUGCAAUUUCUGAUGGAGGAAGGCCAGACAAUACUGGUAGGGGGUAUGUAUUGAGACGUAUUCUUCGAAGAGCAGUUCGUUUUGUAUCAGAAAAGUUACAUGCACCUCCUGGUUUCCUUGCCUCGCUAGUUUCCGUUGUUGUUGAGACUUUGGGUGAUGCAUUUCCAGAGAUUGCUAAGAAUCCACAGCAGGUGGUGAAAAUAAUUAAUGAAGAAGAACAACAGUUCUUAAAGACUCUGGCUCGAGGGAGACGAUUGUUCAACAAAACUGCAGACAAACAUCAAGAAGAUAAAGUUAUUCCUGGUGACGUAGCUUGGCGUCUUUACGACACUUAUGGCUUCCCUGUUGACCUAACACAAUUAAUGGCAGAAGAGCGAAAUCUUUCUGUUGAUAUGAAAGCUUAUGAAGAGAGCAGACUUAAAGCUCAGGAAAUAGCUCGUGGCAAAACAUCAACUGGUGAAGAAACAAUCACCCUGGAUAUUCACUCAAUAAAUCAUUUGCAAAAUGUCAUGAAACUUCCUCCAACGGAGGACUCUUUCAAAUACAAAUAUACUUCAGAUAAUGAUGGAAACUACAGUUUUGAAUCCAGUUGUGGUGAAGUGAAGGCUUUACUUCUAAACAAGAAUUUCGUGAAUGAAGUUCCAGGUGGGGAGAAGUGUGGGAUUGUUUUGGAUAAAACAAGUUUUUAUGCUGAGGCUGGUGGUCAGAUUUACGAUCAAGGAUACAUGACGAAAACUGAUGAUGAAGAAGUGGAAUUUGCAGUCAUGGAUGUCCAGGUGCAUGGAGGUUACGUACUUCAUGUAGGGGCACUCGAAGGAACGCUAAAAGUUGGAGAUACAGUGAAAUGCUUUAUUGAUGAGCCGAGAAGACGUCACAGUAUGAACAAUCACACGGCUACCCAUGUUUUGAAUUUUGCUCUAAGAAAAGUUCUUGGUGAGGCAGAUCAGCGAGGCUCCUUGGUUGCCCCAGACAGGCUGCGCUUCGACUUCACAGCAAAGGGAGCCAUGAACACCAAACAAAUCAAUGAAUGUGAGAAGAUUUGUAAGGAUAUUGUUGACAAGAAACUUGCAGUGUUCGCGUCAGAGUCAAGUCUUGCUGCUGCUAAAGAUAUCCAGGGAUUAAGAGCAAUAUUUGAUGAGGUUUACCCGGACCCAGUUCGCGUCCUCACCAUCGGAGCUUCUCUGAAUGAACUUGUUGGUGAUCCUCAGGCUGGUUACAAACAUUCUGUUGAGUUCUGUGGUGGAACGCAUUUACAAAAUACUGGUCACAUGAAAGCAUUCGCUCUCAUCUCAGAAGAAGCCAUUUCAAAAGGAAUCCGAAGAAUCGUUGCAAUCACAGGACCAGACGCUGAGAGAGCAAUAAAUCGUGCAGGAGUUCUUCACCAACAUGUUGAAAGUCUAAAAGCAAAGAUUACUGAGAAGUUUAACUCAAAAACAUUGAACCCUAAAGAAGCAAUUCGUGAGAUCACGGCAUUGAGUGAUGAAAUUUCAAGUGCAAUCAUUCCAUAUUGUGAAAAAGAUAACAUGAGAAACGUUUUGAAGGAUGUGAAAAAAAUUGCUGACGAUGCAGACCGAGCAAUGAAAGCAGCGAUGACUGAGGCCGCUCUCGAGAAAACAAAGACACUUUUGGAGAACAAAGGUGGAAAGAUUAUCAUCGAGACUCUUCAUGCUGCUGCAAACGCUAAAAUCUUAGACAGUUGUCUACAACAUAUAAAGAAGAGCUCCACACAGACGGCAGCAAUGUUCUUCAGUGUUGAUAAGGAUCAGAAAAAGAUUAUUUGCAUGUGCCAAGUGCCAAAGGAACUUAUUGAUCAGGGAUUGAAAGCGAACGAAUGGGUUGACUCCGUUUCAUCGUUGCUUGGAGGAAAAGGUGGUGGGAAAGAAAUGUCCGCACAAGCGUCAGGUCCACAUUACGAGUGCUUGAAAGAUGCGUUGCAGCUUGCUGGAGAGUUUGCUAAGCUUAAAAUAAGCAAGUAAACGAACGUUGGUGUAGGCUAAGAUUAGAAAAUUUAAGACUGUAAACUUCAAAAAAAUUGAUGUAAUAUUUAGUGUUCAAGUACCAUGUUGAAACAAUGAAAUAUUUAGGCCAACGAAAAUGUUGUAAAAUGAACCUUAAAAACUUAGUAUUAUUCAA